AUGGUUUCCUUCAAGUGCUCUGCUCUGGCGCUCCUUGCCAUGCAGCUCGUCGGCGUCUUCGCCCAGGCUGAGGCUCAGGAUGCGCCCACGUCGCCCAAGGACCAGCCUCAGCUCAAGGCCGAGGUCAGCACGAGCUUCCCCGACUCGGACAUCUUUGGCGUCAAGCUGGUCAAUGGGCGCCCCACCAAGGCCGUCGUCGAGAUCACCAACAACGAGGCCGAUACUAUCCGCGUCAUGUUCGUCGGCGGCCAGCUGGCUUCGACCAAGCCCCUGCCCGAGGACGCCGACCCCAUGGCCGGCGUGAUCCGCAACCUGUCGACCGUCACUUACGACACCUAUGUCGAGGCCGGCGAGAAGCAGGCCCUUCCUUACUCGUUUGUGCUCGACAUGCAGCCCCAGGAUGUCCAGCUCAACCUGUUCGCCUUCAUCUCCAACUCUGCCGGCCAGAUGUUCCAGCUCCAGGCCCACGGGGACACUGCCAGCAUUGUCGAGGCUCCCACCAGCAUUUUCGACCCCCAGAUCAUCUUCCUCUACCUCGUCCUGACCGGCGUCUUUGGCGGCACUGUCUACUUUGUCUACAAGACCUGGAUCCAGACCCUGUUCCCCCAGGCCAAGCGGCCCAAGACCACCAAGAAGGGCAAGCGCGCCGAGGUUGUCGAGCCCGCCUCGCCUACCGAGACCACGGGCGUUGCUACGGGUGCCGAGACCGAGUUCGAUGCCAGCUGGAUCCCGGCCCACCACAUCAACCGUCCCGUAGCCAAGCGCGUCAAGAGCGGCGCCAGCGGCAAGAGCAAGACCCGCGCCGAUUAA